AUGGAGACCUUCUCGCUCCUCAGCAUCUCGGGGCCUCGCGCCUCCGCCUCCACCCUGAGCACCUUCCCUGACCCCCUGUCCUCGCGAGGCACCAGCCUGCCAGACAUCGCCAAGACCGUGUUCCCCACGGAAGCCAGCUGCCCGGCGCAGACCCCGCCGCCUCUGCCCCCAAGCAGUGCGCUCCGGCAGGGCGUGGUCCUCUCCCCAGGUGAGCCCCUGGGGGCCCCAGACUGCACACUGGGAGACCCCCAGAAUGGGGAGCAGCUGAGGCGCAGCUGCACUGUCUACCGGCCGUGGUUCUCCCCCUACAGCUACUUUGUGUGCGUGGACAGGGGCAGCCACCCGGAGGCCCACAGCUGCCCGGAGCCGCUGCGGGAUGAGGGCCGGGGAGACGGCUGCCUUCCCGAGGAUGCGGUCGAGAGCGUGUGCUCGUCCUCCUCGUCCCCAGAGGACACCUGCCCCCGGGAGGCCAAGACGUCCAGGCCCGGGGACGCCACGGACCACAUCACGUCCCAGGACAUCCUGAGGGCCUCCCGCGGGCUCCCCGCCCAGCAAAACGGCUUCAAGUGCGCGGCCUGCUGCCGCAUGUACCCCACGCUCUGCUCCCUCCGGGGCCACAUCCGGCGCGGCUCCAGGGAGGGUUUCAGCUGCAGGGUCUUCUACCGCAAGCUGAAGGCCCUCUGGGCCCGGCCGGCGGACAGGCCGUCCUUGGGCAGCGGUCAGGCCCGCAAGUAG